UUGGAGAAAAUCAAUAGUAAGUAAUUUUUUUGAAUGCAGCUUGGACCAGAUGGUGAAUCGCAGUUGCUUCCCACAAACAUAACCAAAUCGCCGGUGACGCCACCAAAAUUUUAUUAUAAGGUGCUAGGCAAAACCUUGGAGACCAAUAGAGGGAAAGCUAUUUUGGAUCAAGGAAAAAAACAGAUGUCUUUAAGCCUGGAUAUGAAGAACGAUCUUUUAAGCAUUAUCCUUGAGGAGAUCUUCUCAACAGGGAUAACUAUCAAAUAUUCUGAUUUUAGUCUGCUGCUGGACGAAAUUUGCUGUCACUUACCUGGCGAAGAAAAAUGCAAGGAUUACUACUUCAUUUCCCGAGACGGUAAAAAAAAUCCAUCGGGCAAACUGUACUCCAAAUACAAAAAUCGAAGGUCAAGAAUCAAGCUAAAGCUAGCACAAAAUGAGUUGUUUGAAAAGUAUGAAGAUUUGGAAAACCAAACCCCCAAGGUCUCAGAAUCGGAUCGUGUCUCUUAACAGAGACGAUGACAAUUGGGAC